AUGUUCCAACGCUCGAGGGCGUUCUCGUUCAUGGGCGCCAUCCUCGCCGCGGUCUCUCUGAUCCCUCCGUGGUACUCCGGCUGCGAGACGCACCUGUCGUACGGCCAGAAGCAGUGCCAGACCGCGGGGCCGACGCGCUGGACCUCCGACUGGGCUUCGCCGUCGCUGACGCUCUUCCUCCUCCCGACGUUCGCGCACGCGGGGUGGUCGAUCCUCGUGACGCUGUACGUCAACGGGUGCGUCGCGUCGCGCGGCGCGGACGCGCUCUCGACGCGCGCGGUGACCGCGCUCGGUCGCGUCGCCGGGCUCGCGUGCGUCGCGUGCAGUAUAUGGGCCGCGCACGCGAUCUGGACGAGAGGGAUGAAGACCGCGCAGAGAGACGUCGCGAUACCGCUCACGCUGAGCUCGCCGCACGCCGGGUGGUACAUCGCGGUCCUCAGCGUGAAGAUGACCGCGUCCGGGGGCGUUUUCGCGGUGUUGUUCGGGCGAGGGAACGUGCUGGGGCCGACGCGGGGGCAGCUCAGGGCGGGCGAGAUGGACGCGGCGACGCUCGAGAGCAUCACGCCUGCGAUGAGGUACGUUCUGUACACUGGUCCCCAUACGACCGCGUCGGCGUGGUGA